GCUUAGGGUGACGUUCAGAAACCGCUGAUCUUAUGUCGGAUCUAGGGCCAGGCAAAAGAAGAGGUGCAUGCGUAUACUCGAGACCCUUUCGACCAAUGACGUCGCUGCCACUUUAUUUUGUGUUUUUUUGUUUUCCUUUUAUGGAGUUCACAUCGGUGUGGAUUUCAAGACUUCGCGAGGGGGGGGGGGGCGUUUUCAAGACUUCGCGCCUUUUGGAAAAGCUCCUCUCCGAGCUCUCCGAGCAACAAAAAAAAGAAAGAAAUCUGAGUGCCUACAUUCUUUCCGUAUAACGUGGCGAACCGUGGACGGUGGUGCAGGGACAGGAACCCCGGGGAACAUCAAUGUGUCCCCGGUGUCAGACACACAUACCGCUGCACAGGACGCCCCGUCGCAUGGGUCUGGACGACGAAGUGUAAGCCCAGUGCCUGACCGUUGUGCGUCUCGAUCCACAACGUCCAAUGCUCAGAGUGCGGGGAGGAACGCUGUCGACAGCCGAGGGAAAGGACAGGCUGCCCGGCCCCCUACGCCUCAGAGGAACACGGAUCGGUGGGCCGAGGACGAGACUACAUGGCUGUGCAAGUUUCGCAACGAGGUGAAGGGCCUCAUGGGCGAGGACAGCGAGUCUAUGGGUAGGGCGCGUGUGAAGGCUGGGUUUUGGAAGAUUGUUGAGAGUCGAAUGCGGGAGAAAGGGUUCAAUCGAGAUCAAGAGCAGUGCAAGAGCAAGUUCUCCGAAAUUUUCGACUUCUAUAGAAAGCUGAAGGCGCAUGAGAGGCGGUCCGGCAACCCGUCUUACUGGGACAUGAAUUCCACCAUGCGCAAGAGGUAUAAUAUCGAUUUCGUGAUUCGUCGCAGUUGGUAUGACAGCAUUUCCUCGUCGGAGGGAGACACUGAUUCCAUCAGGUUGUCGAAUUUGAGGGACUCCGGUUCUGAGCAGGAACGGAUGGAGGAUGGAGAUGGGGAGACGGGGGGUGGCAGCGAGGAUGCCGGCGGUGGGGAUGCCGGCCCUUCCGGUGGCACACGGUCUGGUGCUUUCUCCCCCACGCUGGGCAAACGCAAACGAGCUGUCAGCAAUGCGUGACCACAGCACAGCAAUUACGGCGUGACCACACCAUGCG